AUGUCCCUCUUUAGUGCAGAGAUCAUUUUCCGAGGAGAGGUUUUCGAAGUUGCGGGAGAAAGGCUACUGAAGAUUGAAGGAUGGGACCAGAAGUUUGAUUACAAGCGUAGCAAGUAUCCAUUCCCAGUCAAGAUGAGAGUUUUGGUUGGGACAGGAAGUUUCGGAAAUGGUUCGACAACUUUAUCACUGGACAAGUGA